AAUGAGCUACUCAUAAGAGUUCUCACCAUUGUCAAUGAAGGAGGAAAUGUUUUUUAAAAAUGAAACUGAAUCCACAUCAUUAGAGUAAUAGUUACAAAUUGCAAAUGAAAAAGUUAAUUAACUUAUGCAGUAUUAGCAAUAAUUAAGGUAUUUUGUACAUUAGUAUCUGAGUGAAGAACUAGAGCACUUGCACUAUAAAUAUAGUGAGGCUUAGUAGGAAAACCAAAUCCUCAGUAGCCAAAUUAGAUAAGGCCCUGAUGAAAUGAAGUUUCUUAAUUGUGUUCUCGAUAUGGUAAGAGUCUGUCAUCCAUCUGAUAAAUAAAUAACUCUCAAAUAUGCUUGGAAAUGGCUAAAAUAUGUGGUUGAUGAUUAUAUAGAAUUAAGGAAGCGUAAUAAAAGCUCGAAUUCAUAGUGUGAAGUCUUCAAAAAUCCUAAAAAGGAUUCUAUUGUAGUAGGAGAUUUGUUGAGGAAAAAUUGUUAAGUAGCUGAAAGUUAAUAUUUAAAGCAUUCUAAAUGCCACAAUUGA